AUGGCCUUCACACUGUCAGAAAUCAUGGCGGCAAGGCGGCAGCAGUCCCAGGCCCAGUCACACACUCAGCGAGGCAGCAGGGCGGCUGUGGAGGUAGAUGAGUACAGCACCAACCCCACACAGGCCUUCACCUUCUACAACAUCAACCAGGGCCGCUUCCAGCCACCGCAUGUCCACAUGGUGGACCCGAUGCCCAACGACACUCCCAAACCUCCAGGCUACACACGCUUCGUGUGUAUUUCAGACACUCAUUCACGCACAGAUGCCAUCCAGAUGCCGUACGGAGACGUGUUCAUUCAUGCUGGAGAUUUCACCGAGCUUGGGCUGCCCUCUGAGGUCAAAAAGUUCAAUGACUGGCUAGGUACUCUGCCCUACGACAUCAAAAUAGUGAUUGCUGGGAACCAUGAGUUGACCUUUGACCAGGAGUUCAUGGCAGACCUCAUUAAACAGGACUUCUACUACUUCCCUUCAGCCUCCAAGCUGAAGCCUGAGAAUUAUGAGAAUGUCCAGUCGCUGCUCACCAACUGCAUCUACCUGCAGGACUCUGAGGUCACUGUGCGAGGCUUCAGGAUAUAUGGUUCUCCAUGGCAACCAUGGUACUAUGGCUGGGGCUUCAACUUGCCGCGGGGUCAGGCUCUUCUCGACAAAUGGAACCAGAUUCCAGACAACACAGACAUCCUGGUGACGCAUUGCCCCCCACUGGGUUUCCUGGACUGGGUUCCUAAAAAGAUGCAGCGUGUUGGAUGCAUGGAACUGCUCAACACAGUUCAGAGGAGAGUCCAGCCCAAAUUUCAUGUGUUUGGACACAUCCAUGAAGGUUAUGGCAUGAUGACAGACGGCACCACAACUUUCAUCAAUGCCUCAGCUUGCACGGUGAACUUCCUGCCCAUGAACCCACCUAUCGUCUUCGACCUUCCCAACCCCAGGACCACAUGACUGCAGAUGGCUGGAGCCCAGACCCCAGCCGUCCGCCAGGAGAAAGGAGCCCAAAGAGGAAGUUGAGUAUGAAGGGCUGGACAGAUGGCGGUGUGUAAAUAUAAUCCUGGUGUGUGUUUCACAGAGUGCCAUAGUGGCAGACUGAUGCUUCCUCAGGCUUUCACCAUUAUUCCAUGUGCCAUAACUACUUCUUCAUGUUAACACUGGGCUUGAAAAGCAGAUGCAUGGACUCAUGGAGAGAAACAUUAAUAUGCAGACAAUUUGUAACAUUUCUGUGUCCUUGCUGCACUGACAAUCUGAUGCUGCUGUCGGAGACAAAAGAGACUUCAUUGUCAGUUCAUUAAAAUUAACAGUGAAACAGUCCAACUCUUCAUGUACACUAGAGCCUUGGCUGAGCAGCGACGGAACGUUUGCCAAGAGGAUUUCACACCACUCUUCCUACUUUUCAACUUUAAUUUCCCAUGUCUUUCCCAGUCCCCUGCACACACACAGACCGUCCCGUCUCCCCUUUUAUGCCUCCGCUUCCUCUCGUCUCCUUAGGGCCAAAGCAUGCUGGAAUGUGUUUUCUGUGUUUUUCUUUUUUCCCAUUGGCAUGUUUGCACAUGCAAGACAUCAAAGGAAGUGUACAAGGGCAGCGAGAGGUCUCUGCCUCAGGCUGACAGUAUGUUGGGGUGUCAGAUGUGUCGACACUACUCUCUGGGGCUCAUUACAGCCUCAGGUGAUUCUCUUAACCAGCUGAAAGGCAGAAACAGGGUGUAUAUCCUCCCUCUGUACCACUGCUCCUCCACUGAAGAGGAUCUUCACCCCUCCCGCUGUGACUAGCUCAGAAUGUAGCUGGUGCUGUCUGAGAGCUGAAAGAGACCACCAUUAAACCUGAAGGUGCUACACGCUAACACUGCUGUCCGUUCAAGACAAGCAACGCUGGAACACCGGAAGCAGCAGCUGGCGUUUCAGACUCCUCAGUUACUGUGUUUGUAGGAGGACUGGACAACCUGGUUCUUUCAGUCAGGAGAGCUGUAACAACAUACUGUAACUGAUAUUUGUAAAGUUCCUCCCUCGGAAUAAAGAAGAGCUUGAAGCUCUUAAAUGCUGUUGCUAUGCUAUGCUUUUUCAUUGAAAAAAAGUUAAUAAUUGUGGUUGUUACAUUUCAUUUGGUCUAUUUCUUAGUAAUGUAAAUGCUUGCUGUGGUAUUUAUUCUUUUUGUUUAGCUGUAUGUAUUGAUGAACUCUUUAAUGUCUUUUGUAUUUAAAAACAAAAAAAGUAGAUAAAAAUUUGUAAAAUUGUUUGGAUUUUUUCAAGGUUCUAUCUUGUAGAUUUGGUCGUCUAAAUAUGCUGAGCAUAACGAGACCAGGUCACUCUACGAUCUGUCUGCACUCCAACGAUGUGUGUGAACAUUCCUCAGUUUAUUCCUCUUCAUUCUCUCCUGCUUCUUCUUAAGUCUGUCUAUUGCACUACUAUUACAUCUUAAGGAUAUUUUUGAAGUUAUGAAUAAUGAAUGUACACCAGCAGCAUAUAACUGUUUUACUCUACUGUGCUAUAACAAAGUGUCAUUGUGCUUUCAAUUUUAAGGGCCCUUUAAAUCAGAAUUAAUACUUCAGAAAUCAGAAGUCUAAGAUUGGUUCUCAGCUCACAUCCAAUUCACUCUCUGCCACAGAUAAAACCUAUGGAAAGUUGCAGUUACAGUUUAUUUCUAAAUUCUAUAGGAUCAUCUCAUAUCAGACUUAAAAAUAGAAAUGCACAAAGUCUUUGUGGUAUCUCAUCUCACAAGGGUGGUUUAUUUAUAUAACAACAUUCAUACACAAGAAAAUCUCAGAUCUUGUUUAGGACAUCAAAGUAAAGACAAAAAGAAAAUAAAUCAUAAAAGCAAUGGAUUGAAGAUGUUAAAAUAUAGAUAUUUAAGGCCGAAAGGAACUAAAUAUUUCAAACAGUUCAUUAGUCUGAUAUUUUGAAAAGUUGCUUUAAAUCAUAAUAUUUUCAGUCUUGAUUUAAAGGAACCAACAGUUUCCACACACCAUAAGUUGUCACUGAGUAUGCUCCAGAGCUGAGGAGCAUAGGACCUCCAUGCUGCCUCACCUUGUUUAGUUCUGUUCCUGAGAACCAUCUCUGGUUUCUACAGACCUGGAAUAGGAACAUCACUUCUGGUCUCAACAGUUCAUACUUGACAAGCAACCAAUGAAGUUGCUGCCACCUGCAAUCCUUUGUGCUCAUGACCAAAGCCAAGACAAUAUUAA